GGGGGUCUCAUGGAUGCCCUAUGUUCCUUAGUGCCCUCAUUUCGAGCGGUGGUUCUCCAGAGGUCCAGGAAGAGAGUCAGACGCCCAUGUGCAGCUCAUGUCCCCUUCUCUGGAGAUGCUUCAAGCCCACCUGGAUGCAGUCCUCUGCCAUGUGCUCCGGGUGCUCCAGUGGGAGAGCUUGAGCUGGGUGAUCUCCAGAGGUCCUUCCCAAUUCUUGGAAGUGUGUUAUUCCAUCACACCUGAAGGGCCACCUCUGCCAAGCAGGAGGAGAGGCAAAAGGAUGCUGACCCAUUUCUUCCAGAACCUUCGGGGACCCACGGUGGAUCUCUGCUGAGGACGUGAAGUGCUGAGAAGCCCCUGAGCGCAUCCCCCCCCCCCCCCCCCCUCCUCAGACAGUCAAAUUCAAACAAGAUUUCGAAUUCUGGGCAGAUCCCAGGAGGUAACACCCUGCUCUCCUCAGCAGCAAGGUCCCAGCAGCAGCUACUAAGAUGGAAAUGAUGGCAGAUGACUGUGAAACAAGGAAUAUCUUGAGGCCUUUGGUGUUCCGUCUCCAUGAAAAUGCCCCCGCGGUUGUCCGUGAGGUUUUACUGGAACGGGGCUGGACUGAGUUUGAUAAAAAGGAGCAAGAUGAGGCCGACUGGAACCUGUACUGGAGGAACUCACCCUUCCAGCUGGCAGACCACCACAGUGUGAAACCAUGGCAGAGACUCAACCAUUACCCAGAAGCUGUCCGGAUCACCAGAAAGGACUAUUUGGCAAGGCAUCUGAAACGAAUGAAAGGAGCAUAUGGAUCAUCUCUCUAUGAAUUCAGCCCCGUGGCAUUCAUCAUGCCCAACGACUAUGUCAAAUUCCUAGCAGAAUACAGCAAGGAGAGGCAGUCAGUAGGUGGAAGACCUGGCUUCUGGAUUUGCAAGCCUGUGGAUCUCUCCCGUGGGAGGGGCAUCCUCAUUUUCCGUGACAUUAAAGACUUAAAAUACAACUGCUCGGUCAUCGUGCAGAAGUACAUCAGCAACCCCUUGCUCAUUUCAGGCUACAAACUGGACCUACGCCUCUACGUCUGUGUCACCAGCUUUUGUCCCCUCACCAUUUACACCUACGAGGAAGGACUGGUGAGGUUUGCCACUGAGAAGUUUGACCUGGAUUCCCUGGACAACGUCUACGCCCACCUCACCAACACCAGCAUCAACAAGUACGGCCUUUCCUAUAAGAAGUACAAAGAAGGGAUUGGCUGUGGCUGCAAGUGGACCUUCAGCAAAUUCCGUUCCUACCUCCGGAUUUUUGGGGUGGAUGACAGGCUCCUCUGGCAGAAGAUCCAUCACAUUGUGAUCCUCACCCUGCUGGCUGUCACCCCCUUGCCCGCGGCUCCCAACUGCUUUGAGCUCUUCGGUUUCGACGUCCUCAUCGAUGACAAAUUCAAGCCCUGGCUUUUGGAAGUCAACUACAACCCGGCCUUGCGUUUGGACUGUUCCACUGAUGACACUGUCAAAAGGAAACUGCUCCACGAUGUUGUUGAGCUGCUGAACUACAAGCAGAGUGAUGCUUACAGGAGGAACCAAGCAUCCGGGAUAAAGGCUGGUGGGAGGCCGGAGAGCUGGAGGAGAGCUGCUAAGGGGGUCAGCAGGGAGGCUCCGACCUUGCUCACUUGCCAAAAAGUGGUUAAAUGUAUUUCUGCUCCUUCUCUACACCCUGCCCCUCAGCCUUCAAGAGGGUCGGGGUGCAAGGGGGCUGCUGGGACCAAGAAAAGCAGCAGCCCCCACCCAAAAAAGACCCUGACUUCCCAGCUGCGGGAGAGGAUGAACACGCCAAGAACAGCCUCCCAGGCAAGGCCUGAAGCUAAAAAGAAACAGCUCCCUGUAGCUCCACACAUGUCUGCCCAGCUCAGGUUACCUACCCCUGAUCUCAGCAGCUACAAGUUAACUCCACACCCCUAUUUCCUUUCUGAUAAAGACCAGAGGCCAAUCCCCCGAGUAGGAGGUUUUGUCCUUAUUUUCCCUUUCAAUGAAGCUGCACUCCAAGCUUCCAGGGAUGGAACAGAUGUAAAGAGCAUCAUAAAGGAAAUAAACAAAUCAUUGAGCAGAAAGUUACCAUCAAAAAAGCAGAAGACAAAGAAAAGGGUGGGCUCUGCAACUUCGUGGUAGGUUAUGUAGAGAUACCAUACUAACUUCAGCUUGAAGAGGAGGUGGAUGUGCACUGAAAUUGUAUUAGAGAGAUAGCUCAAACAAUACAAUUUAAAAACUGUAAUUUAGCAAUUGCCAUGAGGGAUUAUUUUUUAAAAGAAAGUACUAAUUUUUUAAAGUAAUACCAGAAUAAAAAUGGAGAAUUGCAUUUCUCAAAACAUCCUUAGAAAUACCAGGCUUUGUUUAUUAUUUUUCACGAAGAUCUUUGCUUCUUUCCUAACUAAGGGACUAAGUUUUGUGACUUGAAAACCAGGUCCUUUCACACUGGGAAGCACUGUACAUGCACUCAGUUCACAAAGGUGCAGGUAAAUGAGUGACACAAAGCUCUGAUAAUUUUGAAAGACCCAGUGAGCUUCUUGACAUUCAUUUCCAGAUACUGGUUUUUGCAUUGUAAAGAGCCUGGCAGUGAGCUGGAGAAAGGGAUCCUUUAUUAAAAAGAACACCUGGGAAUCAAAGCAGUGUCCUUUACACAACAUGGGUAUCACAUUAUCAGUAGUUUCCCAGCCAAACUGAAACCAUUAAUCACAUUCACUUAUGAUGCUUAACUGGGAAAUAAAAAGCAACAU